CCUUACUAAGGACCUCCCCAGAUUUCACCUAGUUGGUUCUUGGUUCCUCUGUUCCAAAUGAACUCAUUUCUGCUGGGGUCUUAUCCAAAUGUCCUCUGAGAGAGACCUCCCCAGGGGGGCACCUCGGUAACCAGCCAUGGGAAACGUCUACAAGUACUACUUCAACAAGGACAAAAUCUUCCAGCACUACAACUACACUAAAGAUAAGCUGGAGAGAGAUGAGGAGUCUCCACUGACUCCCACGGCCAUUCUCAUCAUUGUGCUCUGUUGCUUCAUUAUCCUGGAGAACCUGCUGGUGCUCAUAUCUGUCUGGAGGAACAAGAAAUUCCACUCCGCCAUGUUCAUCUUCAUUGGCAACCUGGCCUUUUCGGACCUGAUGGCUGGCUCGGCUUUCAUUGCAAACAUCGUGCUCUCGGGCCCAGCCACCUUUCGCCUCACUCCAAUACAGUGGUUUGUGCGAGAAGGCACUGCCUUUACCACUCUGGCCGCUUCGGUCUUCAGCUUGUUAGCCAUUGCGAUUGAACGACACGUGGCUAUCACCAAGGUGAAGGUCUACAGCAGUGACAAGAACUGCCGGAUGCUGCUGCUGAUUGGGGCCUGCUGGGUCAUCUCAGCCACCAUUGGGGGGCUGCCCAUCCUUGGCUGGAACUGCAUGUCCGAUCUUGAGAAAUGCUCCACUGUUCUGCCCCUUUACUCUAAAAGCUACAUCGUCUUCGUGGUUACCAUUUUCACUGUCAUCCUCUUCUCCAUUGUGGUCCUCUAUGUUCGGAUCUACCGCAUUGUCCGCUCCAGCCAUGCUGAGAAAGCCAGCUCCCAGACCAUGGCCUUGCUCAGGACAGUUACUUUUGUCCUGGGGGCCUUCAUCAUCUGCUGGCUGCCUGCCUUCACCAUCCUCCUGAUAGACGCUUCAUGCGCCAGGAAGUCUUGUCCCAUCCUUUACCAGUCAAAGUAUUUUUUUGCCUUUGCUACCCUCAAUUCAGCCAUUAACCCCCUCAUUUAUACCCUUCGCAGCAAAGACAUGAGGAAGGAGUUCCUACGGGUGCUUUGUUGCUGGGGGAUGAUGGGGCACGGAAAGCCGGCAGAGCGUUGCAUGAUCCCUCUCCGCAGUUCCAGUUCCUUGGAGCGGUGCACUCCGAAACAGGAUCUUCCCACUUUAUCUUUCAUGAAGGAACACUCCACAUUUGUGUGAAAAAGACACAAAG